AUGAAAAUAGGUCCUUCUCCUAGCCAUGAUGAUGGCUUACAUGCAGCGUCAGUUAACACAUACAUCGGCGAUUCACCUUGCAGAAGCAAAAAAGCUUUUUCUCUGAAAUUUUCAAAUGAAGCUACAGAAAAAGCAUACCAAAGCCAAGUCCUUUCUGGCUCUGACUUAUUUCAAGCUUUUUUAGAAAUUCAGAUACAAAAGAAGCACUUUUUUUAUAACUACUACUUGAUAUGUAUUUUAUACCUUAUUGUGUAUAUUUAUAACGCACUUAGCUCAGCUUGCACUUCAAAAAUCAUCAUAUUUGAGCUUUCUCUAUUCGGAGGCCUUAUUUUGAUAAACUCUAUAACAUUUUUCCUCAUCUUUUACAUCAAGUUUAAGUUUCACAAUUUAUUUUUGCUCCAGCUGACUUAUUUUUUUACUGGACUAUUUUUGGUUUUAAAUGAUGCGCCUGUUCUUAAUGAAGUUUUUGAAGGGGAUAUAAGUGGUAGUGUUUCUUGUAUCCCAGGUCUAAUCAUUAUGCUAAUAAUUUCUAAAUUUACUCUCCACACAAGCUAUUUAUGCUUUGCGCUUUGGAAUUUAUUUACCGCUUUGAUUUAUUUUGUUUCUCAUAUAUUGACAGAGCAGUCUUACCUAGCUACAUUUAUUGAAAUAUCAAUUUAUUUACUUCAGAUUUCUUUUGAAACUAGAAAAUUUUAUACCAUUGAGCACUCUGCAAGAGAACAGUUCCAAAUUGAGCAAAUUUCUAAGUCCAAUGAGCCAGAAAACCAUGAUAAUGAGCCAGCUACAAGUGAGCUUGAAAAAGUUACCUCUAAAAUAAAAGAGUCGAUUUCGCUUAUCCAGUAUGUCGCUGAUUCUUUAUCAGGAGAACUGAAAUUGAAACUUAAUGGGGCAAUAAAAUUAGCAAACACAGUAAUUGGGAUAAUUUCGUCAAAAAGUAAUAUAAUAGGAGAAAUAAUUGAUAAUUAUUUGAAUAUUAUAGAAGUAAAUGAUAAAUUAUCAUAUAAAGAAUAUAUAUUCUGCUGAUAUAGAAGCGAUAACUUAUGGAAUUGACCCAGAAGACCGCCGCUAUAUCAAAGAAACAUGAACUGGCUUGCAAUAUUUGCCAGAAAAAAGAAUAAGGCACCGCAUGAGAACUUUAAAAACUUCAGAGCUCCGCAAAGAGUAUCAUGAAGAUGAGCUUAUAGGUGUCCUCAGCCAGAUUGGGAAAAACUGGAAUUUUGAUAUGUUUUUUUUAAAGGACUGCACCCAUGAUAAGCCUCUCCAUAUUGUUGGGAGCUACUGCAUAAAAAAAUAUAGGCUUGAUGACACUUUUAGCAUACCUGAAUCAGUGUAUACCUGCUUUUUUGAAAAAUUGGAAUCGCUAUAUAAAAAUAAUCCGUUCCAUAACUCUUCACAUGCUGCAGAUAUGCUGGCGUCUUCCAUUUAUUUUAUUAACAAAUCUAUUCUGUCAGAUUAUUCUGCAUGAUGAUAUAUUUUAUUAUAUUUUUAAUACAAAAAAUAUAGCUAAAAUUUGCCUUAAGUAGAAUAUUUAUUUAGAAUUUGAUAUAUUAGCUACAAUAAUUGCAUGUUUAGGCCACGAUGUAGGCCAUCCUGCAUUUUCUAAUCGUUUUUUAGUCACAAAUAAAGAUGAGCUUGCAAUUCUUUAUAAUGACACUUCAGUCCUCGAAAUGAUGCACUGCUCCACCGUUUUCCAAAUAAUGAAGCAGACUAAUGCCAAUAUUUUAAGCACCUUAAGCUCGGAUACCUGAAUUAUGGUCCGCAAAGAAAUUGUAGAAAUGAUCCUUGCCACUGACAUGCAAAAGCACUUCGAUAUUUUAGGCCAAUUUCGCGUCAAAUUAAUGAAUUCCUCUCCAAAAGUCCUUGAAAACUAUGAAACUAGAAUCGAUAUCAUGAAAAUUAUGGUAAAAUCCGCUGAUAUUGGCCAUGCUGCAAAAAGCAGAGAACUGCAUGAGAGAUGGAGCCUGCUAGUAAUUGAAGAAUUUUUUAACCAAGGGGACAUAGAAAAGCUUAAAAAUCAGCCAAUUUCUAUGUAUUGUGAUAGAGAGACCACAGACGUUGCAAAAUCGCAAGCUGGGUUUUUGAAAAAUAUUGUGAUGCCGCUAUAUGAAGCUUUUAACCAGUUUUUGCAGUCGUCAUAUAUUGACUCAAAUUGUAUGGAUCAGCUAAAAAUCAAUAUGAGGUCUUGGGAAUAUAAGUCAGCGAGGCAUAGGAAUAGGGUCAAAACAGUGAUUAAAAAUGAAAAUGUUUCUGUAUAUGAUAAUUUGUCCAAAAAAUGGAGUCUGAGAAGAGGAUCAACUUCUGUUGUACAUAUAGAAGCAACGGAAGAGAGAGAGUUAGGAUUAGAGAGGGUUAAAGCGGGGUUUAUUUCAGCCCCUGAUCCAGUCGAGCUUCAGCUUCACGCUCAUCUGGAGCUAAUCACUAAAGCCACCUACGCCCUUUUCUGUCGACGUCACCAAAAAUGAUGAUGCCACAUCUUUCGGGAGACUCACCCGAACCUGCUUGAACCAAAAAAUUUCAGCAAAGGACUCUCUUAAUCUCUGACAGUGCUCAGGGUGUGAGGGUACCGUCUGAUGCCUCCUUAUGGAACUAUAUCUGCCAUUUACAGACACAAUAAUGAACCUCCAGAAGUGCUCGAUUGGUGUUGCGCCGCCAGUCUUCUUGCCUGUGGGUCGAGGGGAGGCCCAGUUAGCCCAGACCGCAACCCAUCCGAGAAUUCUGCCACCUGCGACCCCGUGGCCUUCCAGCCAGUUUUUAUUUUCCUGGCAAAAAUUUUGAGUUCAUCCUGUCACCACUGGCAUGAUAUCAAAAUUCUGCAACGGAAGAAGAUUCAUUAAAUUCAUCUAAUACUGACCAUAAUUAA